AUGUCUAUCAAUUCCAAUGGUUGUGCUGCAUACCGGGAUAGUGUAAGUUUUGAUGAUUCUGACCCACCAGAAAUCAACCGCAUGGCGUCUAGGAGAUCAAAAGGAUCAAUAGGAUCAAUAGGAUCAGUGGGAUCAGUGGGAUCAAUGGCUGAUGUCAAGUCUGGUCUUAAUAUGCAACAACUACUACUUAAUUUUGAAGAGAAUGAGCCGAUUUUUGAAAACGAACUACUAUACCCGACGCCAACUGAAUCCGAGAUACUGCAUUUUGAUGACAACAAUAAAUUGAUGUACGGAACUGUCGAAGCUUUGAUUACCUAUAUAACGUCUCCCCAUAUUUUGAAUUAUCAGUUCCUGGUGGAUUUUUUUCUCACUUUUCGUUCAUACAUUCAACCCUUGCCAUUGCUUGAAUUAUUACUGUGCCGCUUAUCGUGGUGCUUGAAGAAAUCAUUAGACAAAUCCGAUAAGGAGAAGGCACUGGUUGGUAAGCUAACACUGAUUAGGACUUUUGUUACGAUUCGACAUUGGUUAUUGAAUCAUUUCCAUGAUGAUUUUAUCAAUGACUCAAUGUUGAGAACUCUAUUUGCAACUACUAUCAAUGAACUGGGGAAACAUAAAAAAUACGUAGGCGAUGAUUGUCAUAACUUGCAAUUGAAAACUAUCAGAGACUUGAAGAAGACCUAUAUUGCGUUAGUUUCAUUAUACUGGGAUGUGGAUAAUGAAAUGCAUAACGAUUUGAGCGAUUAUGAUAUUUCCUCGUAUCAGGGAUUGGAUGCAACGAGAUUGAGCAUGGUCGGUUUGAAUAAUUUAAACGAUCCUUCAACGAGGAGAUUAUCAGUUUUGUCAAUGCUAGACAACACAAGCGCAAGUAAUCCGUUACAAUCAUACCUUAAAAAAGAUUCGAAUCAACAAUAUUUGAAGAAAGAUACCAAUUCGUUCUUAUAUCCGAAGGAUUCCUUAAACUCUUUAAAUAUCAAGAAACAGGAUGACAUGAGCACGUCACCAAGUAUAGAUUUACUUUACAAUACCAUAAUUGAUAAAACUCCAAUUUCUGGAUUUGUUUCCUUGGACAACAAGAAACAUUUCAAGGGCGGGUUUACAACCAAAGGGAAUAUUGAAAUAUCCCAAGACAGCAAAAUACGGCAAAUACAUCCAAUUACAAAAGAACUAUCAAACGAGAAGACAGAACCUCCGAUCUACAAAUCCAACAAAAAUAUAGUAGAGAAGAAUACCCAAGUAAUUAGUCGAUCAGCUUCAGUAAAGGCUAAAAAAAGAAGUUUCAUUAAGUCAAUUUUUGGUCAAAGUGAAAAGGAAAAUGGCCCACAGUCUCUUGACUAUUUGAUACCACAGCGGGAUCGAAAAGAUGAGGUGCAGCGGACACGAUCGAAUGUUCAGCAGAAGCAGGAGAAGACCAUUAAAGAGAAUCAUCACCAGGAUAUGAUACACAAUCUUGAAAAACAAGUGUUAAUCAAGGAAAGUAGCUUAGACUACCUGGAGGAAAUAGUCAUUAAUGAGUAUCAAGAUAUGUUACAGCACCCUUCUUUUAAACACAGAUAUUCUAAAAAACUCAGAGGCAUAAAUAGGAAAAGUGUAUUGUCGAUGCCGAUGGAUCUAUCAAUGAGUUUUGAUGUUGAAUCGGGCUUUAAUGUUUUGGAUUCUCCGACGAAAAUUCGACCACCUAGAGUUUCUGAUAAUCAACCGGAAAAGUCAAUGAAUUUGGAUCGGGGAGACGCCAAUCAUCCUUCAUUCUCUACUCCUAUUGAUACCUUUGAUUGGUCCGACUCAAACAAUUUAAUUGAAACCGAUAAUGGUAACCAGGUGUUCGUUGAUAUGGGUGUGACAACCGCUGAUCUGGACAAUGCGUUAAAUGAUGGCGAUAUUCAUAUUGACCGUCGUAGCCAUUCGUUGUCUAAGGAUGAUAAACUGCAGAUGGAGAGACAAAGUUUCCAGCAUUUUGAAACCAAGAGAUUUUCUCAAAUACCUCUCAAAAAUAAACAUCUGAGUGAUUCACGCCUUCUUAGACACAGACAUAGAAAAAGUUUGAAAAACAUGAGCCGUAAAAUCGAACCACUUUUGUCGAAUCCACAGCAACAGCAGCAGGCAUAUUUUAAUGAGACGAUUUCAGUAAAUAAUAUAAAAAGACAAAGUGUAUUGUCUACUAAAUCGUAUGCAACUUAUGAUUCUGAAUUUUCCACUGGCUCUUCGGAGGACAGACGUGAAUUGAAAAAUCUGAAUACUGAAGUUACCUUAAGAAAGAAAAAUGCAAUCUCAAAUCUAAGAGUUGAGGUAGGUAAUGAUUCAAAUAUAAGCGAGGAGUUUAAUGACACCGAGUUGAUGGAUAAUACAAUCCAUGAUCAGAGGCAACUAGGUGAGAUUCUCGAUUCCGCUGGUGAUUUAUUUGGUAAGCCCGUGAACUCGAUUCUGGAUGCGUUUCUAGAAUUGCCGUUCAAUAAUGAUUUCGGAGAUGCAGUGCGUAUAACGUCCAACAUUUCCAUCUUACCAUCACCAACACCCUCUCAGACGUACUACAAUGGACUAUCACAAGCCGAUAUCAAUGAAUUGGCGGCUAUUCCGGAUGAAAAAGUUGAUGGUGAUCCUUUUAACUAUACUUUGAGUAAACUAAGAGGUGAAUGUACAAAGUUUCAAGUUAUUGUUGGAUUAAACGACGCUGACAGUAACAUCCACAACAAGCUAGAUGAGGAGGAAAUUCAUAGGAAACAUGCUCUUGCCGUUGUAUGUGAAUCGCCGACAAAAGCCAAAGAUAUGAUUCAUGACAAUAUUGAAAAUACUCUAAAUGAUCAGUUUCAUCGUAACGAUAGUGAUGUGUCAGAUGAGUCUAAAGUUGAAAAGCAAGUCAGAGAUCUCUAUAUUGUCAACAAUUCAACAAGUGAUAGUCUUCAACGCACUUCCGUGCAUUCUAAAGCCACUUUAGGAAGUAAAUUGGAAAUGAGCUGCUACUCAGCCAAAAUGAAAGAAACUGGAAGCAUCUUGAGUAGGGUUAGUACCGGUAAACUACUCAAAAAUGAUGCAGAGAAAUCGAAUUUUGAGUUACAGUCAUUGAUGGUAACCCCUCAAGCUUUGAAUUCCAGAGAACAUGGGAUUACUGUGGAGGACGUUUUAAACGAGAAUUUGCAUAUCCCGUUUAUUUUCAAAUAUGAUUGUGACCAAAUUGCUACACAGAUGACUCUCAUUGAAAGGGAUAUUUUACUUGAACUAGAAUGGAGAGAACUGAUAAAUUUAAAAUGGGAUCAGCCUCUCAGACCAUAUAAUUCAUGGUUAAAGUUGAUUCUUGAUUCAAAAAAUAAAUCUGGGCUCGAACUUAUCACCUUAAGGUUUAAUUUAGUUAAUAACUGGAUUAUUUCUGAAAUUUUACUCUGUAAAGAUAUCAACUUGAGAGUCUUGACCAUCACUAGGUUUAUCCAGUUGGCGGAUAAGUGCCGAAGGAUUCAAAAUUACGGAACUUUAUUUCAAAUUAUGCUUGCGCUGAACUCAGAAGUUUUGAGGCAGUUGAAAUCGACAUGGAUUAGGAUAGAUCCUAUUACGAUUCUAAGAUUCAAAGACUUAAAGGACUUGACUUCCCCAAAUAACAACUUCAAAUGUUAUCGGGAUGAAGUUACGUCAGUUAUACCUUCGAAAGGAUUUAUUCCAUUUUUGCCACUAGCUUUGAGUGACUUAACAAUGUAUUCAGAAAUGCCCACAUUUGUCAGCUCUAAACACAAGGACAUUGAUUUGGAUUCAUUGGCAGAAUUUGAUGCUUCUUCCGAAAUUGAUUAUCAGCUUGUAAAUUUUGAAAAAUUCAGAGUUACUGGCGAAACAGUGAAAAAUACAAUCAGACACAUAGAAUGGUCUAAAUUUUACGAACUUGAAACUAAUAAAGAAAUUUUAUCUAGAUGUUUGUACAUCAGCUCAUUAAGUGAGGAAGAUAUGUCUUUGUGUCUGAAGCAAAUUGAGCUAAAUCCGGCAUCUCCCACAUUUUGA